GCCACGAAGCAAAAAGGGUACCCCGAAACAAGACGGGGACGUCUGGCCCAGCUCCGCCUGUCUUUUUCCAGUCCUUCAAAAAAAUGGCCGCCGCCGCCGUUCUUCUCCGCGCCGCCCUCCGGCGGAGCCGUCCGGUCGCCGCUGCCUUCCUGCUCCACCGCCCCCUCCCCUAUGCUCGAGGCCUCCAUCCUCCUCCGCCUCUUGGGCGUGCUCUUCCUCCCCUCCCGAGGCUUCCGUUCUCCGCCGCCUUCGGCUACUCCACCGCAGCUGAGGAGUCGGCGGCACCCGCGAGGCCCAAGGGCAAGGCCAGGAAGAACCCCAUGAAGCAGUCGCGCGUCGACUUCACCAAGGUGGACGCCGCGCUUCUCCCCACCGUCAUACUCGUCGGCCGCCCCAACGUCGGCAAGUCCGCACUCUUCAACCGAUUUAUACGGAGGAGGGAGGCAUUGGUGUACAAUACACCUGGGGAUCAUGUCACUCGUGAUAUUCGUGAAGGAAUUGCCAAGCUCGGAGAUCUCCGUUUCCGUGUGCUUGACUCAGCUGGACUCGAGACAGCAGCGACAUCUGGGAGCAUCCUCUCUCGGACAGCUGACAUGACAGGCAACGUGUUGGCUAGGGCUCAGUUUGCCAUUUUCUUGAUUGAUGUGAGGGAUGGCCUACAACCUCUGGAUCUUGAGGUUGGGCAAUGGUUGCGUAAGCAUGCAUCUGGGAUACAUACCCUAGUCGCAAUGAACAAGUCUGAAUCACUUGAUGAGCAUGGAGUUCUGACUGCGGCUGCUGGAGAAGCACACAGAUUGGGUCUUGGUGAUCCAGUUGCAAUAUCUGCAGAGACAGGCCUGGGGAUGGCAGAACUUUAUGAGAUACUCAGGCCAUUGUUUGAGGAGUACAUGUUUCAGCUUCCGAACAAUGGACUCAACCAAGAUGACCCUGCUUUGGGGGCUAAAACUGAGGCCCAUGAAGGUGACGAAAGCAAGUUACCUUUGCAGUUAGCAAUUGUGGGACGUCCUAAUGUGGGGAAGUCUACCCUUCUGAAUACCUUGUUGCAAGAACAAAGAGUUCUGGUUGGUCCAGAGGCAGGCUUAACAAGGGACUCGAUUCGGGCUCAGUUUCAGUUUGACAACCGAACUGUAUAUUUGGUGGACACCGCAGGUUGGAUGGAAAGACCAGGAAAGGAGAAAGGGCCAGCAUCUUUGAGUGUGGUGCAGUCAAGAAAGAACUUGAUGAGGGCUCACAUUGUUGCUCUUGUGCUGGAUGCAGAAAAGAUUGCAAAGUCCAAGAGUAGCAUGAAUCAUGCAGAAGUUGUGAUAGCACGGCAAGCAAUAGAAGAGGGCCGUGGACUCGUUGUGAUUGUCAAUAAAAUGGAUCUCCUUAGAGAUAACCAACUGUUGUUUGACAAGGUGAUGGAUGCUGUUCCUAGAGAAAUUCAGACAGUCAUUCCUCAGGUUACAGGAAUACCGGUUGUUUUUGUGUCAGCAUUGGAGGGCAGGGGGCGGGUUGCUGUUAUGCUCCAGGUUAUUGACACUUAUGAGAAGUGGUGUUUAAGAUUGUCAACCUCACGGCUCAACCGUUGGUUGCGUAAGGUUAUGAGUAGACAUUCCUGGAAAGACUCAGCCACACAGCCAAAAGUUAAGUACUUCACUCAAGUGAAAGCACGGCCACCAACAUUUGUUGCCUUUAUGAGUGGGAAGGCUCAGCUAUCCGAUACAGAUAUCAGGUUCUUGACAAAAUCUCUCAAGGAAGAUUUCAACAUUGGGGGAAUACCAAUCCGGAUAGUCCAGCGUUCUAUUCCAAGAAAAGCGUCUGCAAAGAGCAAUAUUAGGAAUGCUGGGCCUAGGAUUGCCAGGAUGAAAACAGACAAAAGAUCAACGAUAUCCGAUCCCACUCAAUCAUAGAGGGCGUACCUGCCACAUCAUCAGGCGACCCUGCAGAUGGAAGCUAUGUUUUGUGUUUGAAUUAUAUGCCCCAGGUGAUGGAUGUUGAACUAGCAGAGGAAACAGAAAGUGCUGAGUUUCAAUCAAGACAUGUGGAAAGAGGAAAUCACUUUUCUAUCCACAUGAAAGUGACACAAACACGUUAGCAAUUCGGCUGCCCGAAUGUUCAAAAAAAAAAAAAAAAGAAUGACCGCAAGUAACAAGCCUAGCAAUCUGACCGUGGAGGAAAACCUACCUUUUAUGAGCAAAGAGCAAAGGUGGGCAGCCUCAGUUCUAGUGUUUCCAAGGAAGGCAACGCUUUUCAGCAUCGGGAGCAAGGCGGUAACUUUGAGCUUCACGUUCUUUUGGAUCAGACAAAAUGAUGAUCUCGUGGAUUCUCCUAUUUUGUACAGAAAAUAGAUAAGAAUAAUCUCUGAUGGCAACCAAAGAGGCUUGCUGAUUAUUAUCAAACAGUAUCAACGCGAUUCCGGAAGAAGAUCCUCUAAUUUUCUGUUUUUUCAAAGCAAUCCUCUAAUUGCUAUAAUUCUGCUCCUGAUGGAUGCCAAUUCUUAUAUCCUUUUUGUGACAGCACUGACAUUUGCUAUGUUUAAAGUUUCACAUUUGGUCUAAA